UCUCAGCCGAGCUCAGAGCUCGAGCCGCUUCUCAUUCUCGUGUCUGCCGGUGUUUUGUGUGCGUGUUUGUGUUUCGGCAGAUUUAGUAUCUUUUGGAUAUGAGGAAAGAUUGUGUGCUUUUCUUUUAAUCGCGUUUUCUGGAUGUACUGAUGGUUUGACCGCAGAUGAGCGGCUCCGCACGGAUCAUCUGAGCCCGUUAUCCCGGACAGAGACCCGCUUUGUUCGGCCAGUAAUAAACGAAUCACGUCUGCUAUCGAAAUGAACGACACGGAGAAAGAUAACAAAUCGGAUGAAGACUCGGAAUCUCUGGAGGAAGAGGAGGUUGACCCGAGGAUUCAGGGUGAACUGGAGAAACUGAAUCAGUCGACAGAUAACAUCAACAGAUGGGAGACCGAACUGGAGGACUCCCGGCAGAAGUUUCGUGCCGUCCUAGUGGAGGCCACUGUCAAGCUGGACGAGCAGGUAAAGAAGAUCGGUAAAGCUGUAGAAGACUCAAAACCGUACUGGGAGGCCAGGAGGGCAGCGCGUCAGGCUCAGGUUGAAGCUCAGAGAGCCACGCAGGAGUAUCAGCGAGCCAUCGAGAUCCUCCGGGCCGCGAAAGAGACCAUCGCACUGGCCGAGGAGCGUCUGCUGGAGGAGGACAGCCGGCAGUUUGACUCGGCCUGGCAGGAGAUGCUCAACCACGCUACCCAGAGGGUGAUGGAGGCGGAGCAAAGCAGGACACGCAGCGAAAUCGAGCACAGAGAAACAGCGGCCAAAUACAACACCGCCAUCAGCCACAUGAGACAACUGGAGAAAAAACUCAAACGCACCAUCAACAAGUCCAGGCCAUACUUUGAAUUAAAGGCGAAGUAUUACCUACAGCUCGAGCAACUGAAGCAACGUGUGGACGAGCGUCAGGCUAAACUCACCCAGGCCAAAGCUGAGUAUCGAACCGCCCUUCGUAACCUGGAGACCAUCUCAGAUGAGAUCCACGCACGGCGCCGCCUGUCUGCCAUGGGGCCCCGGGGCCGAGGGGUGGGGGCUGAAGAUGACGGGACCGCCACCGAUGACAUCUCCAACUUCAAAAUGGAGUCUGACGGCAUAUCGAUGAUGUCUGUGAAUUUCGAGGACAGCUGUAACGGCUCACCAUCAGAGGACGAUCCUGAGACGAGGUCCACCUGCAGCAUGAGCUCCACGUCCGCUCCUCUCGACCUGCCCUGUCCAUACACCUCCUCCUCCUCCUCCUCAUAUCCUCUGCUCUCAUCCUCCUGCCCGUACCCUUCCUCUUCCUCCUGCUCCUCGUCCCCGCUGUCCCUCUCUGUCUGUCCUGACCUGCUCCAGCUGCCGGGCUCGGGGUCUCUGGAGGGUUUAGAGCAGGUGUCUCCGGUGCUGGGCCCUCGUAGCGAGUGCAGCGGGGCCUCGUCACCCGACUGUGAACAGGAAAGAGGUGAGAGGGCAGAAGGUGCAGAAGUUAAACCUGAACCUUCAAACAACAUCAGCAGUCAGAAAAGCUCACACCUGGAGAAGAGUCUGCGCAGUUUAUCGCUCCAAACCACAGACGACAACGACACAGACACUCAUCCAUUCAGUGUGACCUCAAACACAGCAGCAGUGCUGCUUCUCAACAGUGUUUAAACUCAGAAACCACCACCUGCUCCAACCAAACCUUUGGCACCGGGGCCCGGAUCUGAGACGACAGUAUGAUGCGUCAAAGGAACCAUUGUGAAACUAUUCUCCUCUCAGUGUUACAGAGAGCUCAUCUCAGACUGGUCUGAACCCAGAAAGCCAUGAAGUAUUAGAAUUGUCAUGCAGACAUCAGCUAUGAAGUGACGAGAACUAUUGAGCUUUUCAUCCUCACUGAGUGGAUGUUCUUCAUGUCUUCCUCAAAUGUGUGGUGAAUAGACACUGUUCAUAUUUUCUGUCUUCUGCCGCUGCGUCUCACUAGCUGAUUCAAAAAUGUCUCGACUUUGAUGAAUUAGGAUGGAUGAAACUGUCUGAUUCUCCAACGACAGACUAUGUAAAUGACUGAAAAUUGGUUAGUGUGAUGCCAGCACUUGUUUUUCACUCUGUCGGCAUUUGUGCAAUGCAUUUCCUCUCGUCUUACUCUGUUUUCCACUCCACAGGUCAUAACGUAAAGAGGGACUCACGUAGUUCAAAGCUAUAUAUUUAUACUCAACGUUUAUCUCGUUAUCAUGAUGUUAUCGAUGUGUUUUCAUGCCAUAAAGUUCUUAUUUGUGUAAUAAACAGAUGCUCACAGCA